AUGUUCAACGUGUCGGCACUUGCCAGUUCAAACUCAUUAGGCCCUAGCUUAGGCCCUAGCUUAGGCUCAUCAUUAAGUUCUGGCCUUAGCAGUUCGUCAUCAACAUCGCUUGGUACUGGAAUUAGCCAGAGCAUCGCCGCUUCACUGCCGACACCUGUAGCUGGCGAUUCAAAAAGUGAAUUCAAAUGGGACACUUCAAGCGAUGCAACAGCUCAGACUUCAAAUGGAACAUGGACAGAACAUCUACCACUGCUUGCAGGUUACCCAGCCGCGCCUUCUUUCUCCAUAGAGUCUUCGAUGUACACAUACGAUCCCUCGACAAACUUCGCUGGAACAUUGACGCCUGGAAGUUCCAUGUACACCCUGCCGCCCGCUGAUCCUUUCCAGAGAACGGAUCCUAUGAUAAUGGGGAAUGGGAGCAGUGAAGAGAAGGAAGGGGACGGAAACGAGAAGAAUGGAUCAAAAGCCGAAGAUGAAGAUGAUGGCGCAGAUGAAAUGGAGGAGGAUGGUGAGGAGGAGUAUGAUGGAAACGGGAAACGCAAGAAGCGGAAGCGACGAGUCCUCUUCACGAAAGGCCAAACUUAUGAGCUAGAGCGAAGGUUCCGUACCCAAAGAUACCUCAGCGCACCAGAGAGGGAACAACUAGCCAUGCAAAUUCGUUUAACCCCAACACAAGUAAAAAUAUGGUUCCAGAAUCAUCGAUACAAAACAAAGAAGACCAUCCAAGAAAAAGGCCUGAAUCCCGGUUUGCUCAGCUCGUCACCAUCGUUUACGACCCCAGCUAGUACAGCAUUUUCAGCAAGGAGGUACUGUCCUAUUCCAGAAUUUAGUUUUCGUAUGCCGAUCCAAAUGCUAGUCAGAGAUGGGAAACCCUGCCCUCCUGAGAUUGCUUCAACGCCUUAUCAAGCAGCUGCCGCGGCUGUGGCAUUCGGUGGAAGUGGAGCAGGCUACCUUCCUGGAUCCACAGGUUACCUGCCAGCUACAGGUGGUUACCUUUCGCAAGCGCCACCUACCACUUCUUACAUGGCAAAUAGCUGGGAUGAUUCAUGCACGGAUGUUAACCCAGAAGACGGCAUUUGCGAUUCAGACCAAAAUGUAAGAUGCACGACAACAGUACUUACCAUAUCUCAGAAAAAUAUUGCGAAGUACAUGUUAUACUUUAUCACCGCAUGGAUAGUCUUAUGGUGUUUGAUUACCUUAGCUGUCAACUUCAUGCAUAAAAACAGCGGUCACCAUCGCUUUAUUCAUCUUUACGAAGAAAUCAUUAUUGUCAUUCUGUUCAUUGUAAUAGGCGUUGCAAAUGUGACAUUUGUAUCGAAGAAGAAUAUCUGCAAAUACAUUCCUAUUCUGUCGCAGUUCUUUAUGGCUUUGCUGAAUGCAGCUUUUGUAAUGGAGUCUAUCUUUGCGAAAUCAAUGGUCCAUGCGCGGUCCAAGAAGAAUGGAUUCAUUCCAGCAUUUUUGAACUAUCUCAUUCCUAUUCCUCUUGCUCUUCUGCCGACGCUUCUUACAUAUUUUUAUCUCAAGCAGUACUACGGUUUGUCGUAUCAACUCUGCUUUACUACUGCACCUGGUGACAUGUUUUGGGCAUUUGUCAUUCCCAACUGGAUACUCAUUGCUGUGGCUGGACUUCAAGCACAACUGAGCUGCCUCGCAUGUGAUCAGACUAUCCCUGAACAGGAUCAAAUCCAAUGCUUCUGGGCAAAGAAGUCAGCAAAGUCACUGUUGCUAUUCUCUCUAUUGAUUUUCACCUUAUGGUUCAUGAUACUAUCAGCUGGGAAUGAGCAGAUCACGUAUCUCUUCAUACUUGCCAUCCUCCUGACAAUUCUCGCUGGACCAACGAUCUUUGUUGUGCACACGUUCUGCCAUCUAAAUACUUGCCAAAAAUGGAGUAAGCCAGGAUUUUUCGGAGGUUUCUAUCAACUGUGCCCUGAGAAGCCGAAGGACAAACCAAAAGAUCCGUAUGAUGACGAUGAUGAUGACCUUGCACCACAAGAGCCAUCGCCAACUACUCAAAAUGCUCCUUCACCAUUGCCAAAUAAGGUGGCACCACUUCCUGAAAUUUUGGAACCACCGAAGAGCACACAUGCUGAACCCACCCACACGCCUGCCACUCAGUUCUAUUCAUGGCUUACCGCGCCGGAUAUGUUUACGAGGAGGCCAAGUUCAGUGCUGUUUCGUCCCAAACCCUCUUAA